GCAGCCCGCGAUGUUCAGAUUGCUCAGUCCAGUGUAUUGUCGAUGACAGUUUUACAAUGGCGUGGAACAAGAGUUGUGGGAUUCAAAAUUGUUCAGGUCAUGGAGAAUGCCACAAUGGAACUUGUUUAUGCGAGAUUCAAUUUGAUGGACCGGAAUGCCAUAUUCCAAAUCUAUGUUAUUAUGUUGCUUUUGCUACAGUCUUUUUUUUAUUAGCCUUUGUUUGUUUGAUACAACUUGUCAUGUGUAUUGUCGCAGAAUGGCAAAGAAUGAAGGCACCAUCAUUUUUGAGAGCAUGUAGGGUUACUACUCAAAAAGUGUUAUACUUUGUGGUUUUUCUUGCAUCAAUUAUACGAGGCGCAUAUUUCAUAUCACCGACUGCUUUCAAAGAAGGCUGGUCUAGAUCUUUGUUGUCAGCGUAUUAUCCAUUGCUUUUAAGUGGAUCAUCAUUGAUUGUUUGUUUUUGGGCUGAGGUAUUUCAUCUUAGAGACAUUCGAUGGGACAAACCUCAGUUUUUAUCAAAAUCUUUUCUGGUUUUUGUUGUCUUCAAUAUAAUAACAUAUUCCCUUCUAUUAGCAGAAUUUAUUACAGCUCAAACAUAUUCACAACAAGAUCAAAGUUUCUAUACACAUGUAUUCAAUGGCUGUUAUGCAGUGUUCCUGUUCAUUGUAGUGGUUUUAUUCUUGAUAUAUGGAGUCGAAGUAUUUUUCAAGGUUCGUGGUGGAUUCUUAAAUGAAUAUCGAGUCGCUUCCAUUGUAACAAAUAAACGUACAGCUGAUGAAGCAAAGAUCCAAGCUGAGGAUCAAGUGACAACAAAAUUAUUUGAUCCAAUUCCAUCUACAUCUAUGACAGAGCUUUUACAUAUGCAACAAGUGAAUACAUCCCAAUUACAUCAAUCAAGAUUUGGAUUACUUUCUCAAGCCUUUAUGUUGUUCAUAAUUGUUGGUUUUCUAUUCAGUGAGACUCUCAGUGAAUUUUGGAAAACAAAAGUGCCAUUGUACAGCAGGAAUUGGCAUGAUGUUGUAUUUCGUGUUAUUGAAGUUGGUGUAGCGUUGUGGUUUCCCUGUGUUUUAUGGAACUGCAUGAGUCCGGAACAAUUAUGGAUUUUAAAUCCGAAGCGUAUAUUGAAAAGAUUGGAUCUGGAUCAGGGAAAAUACAUAAAAGAAAUUGAAUUGCAAGAAAAGAACACACCUCAAGACACUGCAUUUCUUCCUACAGAUGGGACAUCGAUUAAUAGCAAGGAUUGUUGGAUUUGUUAUGACAAUGACAGACAAGAUGCUGGUCCACUAAUACAACCAUGCCAUUGUAAAGGUGGUGUAAGUGCUGUACAUCAUGAUUGCCUACGUCGUUGGCUCGUCGAGAGUUUUGUUAAUGCUGACAGCCUUAUUUGUAAAGUUUGCAAUACAAAGUACAAUGUUGAACAUGCCAGUCGAUUAGAUUGGCAAAAUAGUUUAACUCCACGCCAUGGUUUGCAAACUAUCGCUAUUGUUACUACGAUGUGUGCGUCUUCUGCUGCUGCAUGGGUAGUUAUACAAUUUGUAGAAGGAUCCAUUAUCAGAAUGUUCGCAGCCGGAACCGCAUUAUUGAUUAUGUACGUCUGCAUAAGAUUUUUGAGUUUGUACACUGUUGUAGCGUAUCAACGAGCUAAAAUUUCGUCAUUAAAUAUUGUUAACAGUGAUAGUGAGAAUAAUGGGACUGCACAUGUUACGACAAUAAGUCACACAAAUUCUGUGGACUUAAUGAAAUCGGAUAUGGUUACAAUAUAAUCUAUACUUGCCAUUGCAUUACAAAACAUAGGUAUGUUUCCUGUUUAAAAUAAAUUCAAGAUAGGAAAAUUAAAUAAUAAUGUGUAGAUGUGCAUGUUUGGUUUUAUAAGCAUAAAUAUAUAUACAUAUAAUGACUAUAAUUAAGGCACAGUACGCUUUCAAUCAGAAUUUUCA